GAAGUGAUUUCAAAGUGUUAUCUAUUGCGGUGCCUAUCUGUCAACGGAGACGAUAUCGUUUUAGUUUCGUUUAGAAAAUCAUUGUCAUGUGCUUGUGAUUUUGCUUAAAAAGCUCCCAUUACUCUUGAGAUUAUCACUUCCUUUGAAAAACAGAAGCCAUCUGUUAGAAGUGUUGUGGAAUUUAAUAAUUUUUUUCAUAAUGGCAUCCCAAACACACGAGUUUACUGUAGACAUGACUUGUGAAGGUUGUUCUGGUGCUGUUAACAGAAUUCUUGGAAGACUGAAAGGAUCUGGUGUUGAUGAUUUCUCCAUUGACUUACCGAACAAAAAGGUGUUUGUAACUUCUUCAUUACCUGCAGAUACUAUUCUAGAAACCUUGAAGAAAACUGGGAAACAAACUACCUAUGUUGGUGUUAAAGCUUGAGUUGUCUUAUUUUGUUUCCUGCUUGUCAUCUAAUAUUGUAUACAUUUUUGGAAUAUAUUAAGAUGAUGGAAAAUUUUGUAUUUAUAUUCUAUGAAUUUCUUUAAUUAUUUUUAAUAAAAAUUUAUAAAUAU